GUGAGAUUUACCAAGGGUUUUUUUGGUAUGGGAAGUGUGUCGAAAACGCUUGGCUAGGGGGGAAGCUAUAUAACUCCAAAAUGUACAUGUAAAAAUGUGUCGACAUCGUAAACAUAAAAGAAUUGGAUUACUCAACCCGUCAUGGUGAUAACUUUGAUCGUUUAAUAAUAAGAUUCUAAAAAAAUGGCGGAUAGUUUAUUUUGAUUUAAGCGGAUGUUGAAACAAAAAUGAGAGAAGUUACGGUCAUUAGAAGAUUAGUGUCUACUGUAGCAAUUUUUUACAUCCUUGGAUAUACCAUGGUUCUCCUCCUGGCUAGACCGAAAGAAAAUCUGAUGUGUCAAACAUAUCAUCAAGGUUCAGUCUUGUAUCCUAUUCCGAACUUCAAUGACACACAUGAAAAGGACAUGGUCUCGAGAUUUACAUGGCUAGGGAAUGGAGGUUACUCCUUGCCUUAUGGCUGCCGGUCAAAAGAAAGAGUUGCCAUACUGAUACCGUAUCGGGAUAGAGAAAAACAACUGCGUAUUCUGCUUAGCAAUUUACAUCCACUUCUUUAUCGGCAGGGAUUAGAGUAUAGAAUUUAUGUUAUUGAGCAGGCUGACACAAAACCUUUCAACAAGGGGAUGCUCUACAACAUUGCGUACAGUGAGGCAAAGACCGACAAUCACACCUGUUUUGUUUUUCAUGACGUUGACCUGAUCCCAGAAAAUGACCAGAUUAUGUAUAAUUGCGUAAGAAGUCCGAUGCAUCUUUCAAGAGCGAUCGAUUCAUUCAACUACAGACUUCCCGAUAGAAAGUUAAUUGGUGGAGUAUCCAUGUGGAAAAAGGAGGACUUCGAAAAAGUUAAUGGAUGGUCAAAUCUAUUUGUGAACUGGGGCGGAGAAGAUGAUGAUAUGAGUUAUAGAAUAAUAAUGAACAAACUGUCCAUAUUUCGAUUCCGAAAUAAUGUUGCAAGAUACACUAUGCUUAAACACAAAAGAACACCGGUUAACACAGCAAGAUAUCAAAUGUUGAUGGAUAGUCCAUGGCGGUUUAAGGUGGAUGGACUUUCAACCUUGACCUACAUUCCACCUACACGAGAGAACCAUCAACUUUAUACAAGGAUAUUAGUGAGGACCUGAAAGUUACAACUUGCAAAUAAUUUCAUGAACUCAUUUUGUGAUAAUCUUGAGAACGAAUUAAAUGGUCUUUCUUAUGUAAAUUCUUGAUUUGCAGUGAAUUCAUUCAUACAUGUACUGUUUUAUAAUUAUCUGGUUGUUGGUAUAUAUGAAAAUAUUGACAAAAAAUCACCAAUGAUGUUCAUAUCUAAAUGCAGCUGUGCGAAUGUUGUUGUGCUCCGUUUUUAAGGUCAAGUAGUUACAUGAUUGAUAAUGCACUCUUAUUAUAAAAGGUUUUGAACACUGCAUUCUUUGAUUAAAGAACAAGAGGAUAAAAUAUAACAGAACAUAAAUUAUAAGAUUAAUUAAUAAAUAUUUCACGUUCAUCUUGAAAAAUUGUCAAUACUGAAAAUCAGAAAGAGAAAGUUGUAAAUUAUAAUUUGUAUUUAAAUGUGGGUAUGUUCAUACUUGUAAGGAAGUUAAUCUGCUGUUGUAAAAAAAAGUUUUAUAUCUUACUGGAUGGAGUACCUUUGCAACGAAAGAUACACUUUU